AUGGAUCAAGGUCCGCCAAAUCUACUCUCCCCCCCAGAGCUCACGCCUCUUGAGCAGGAGGUGCUCGACGAGUAUGAGCGACUGGCCGAGAACAUGAAGAAGCUUGCCUCCACGCUCGAGCACCUCGCCUCGAACCCCAGCGCCGAGAUCCUCGACGGCCUGCGGGACCUGGAGCGCAAGACCAGCCUGGCCUUCACGCUGCUCAAGGCCAGCGUGUACAGCAUAGUCUUGCAGCAGGAGAUUGACUGGGGUGAUGGGGCGCCCGCUGGGCAGUACUGA